UGCGCACAGCAACCGGCGCCUUCACUAUUUAAAAACUAGACACAAAACAUAUGCCGCUUUCACAGCUGCCAUGUUUACAUGCAGAUUAAUAUCGAUACAAUUAGUAUGGUAUUCUUUUUUUAGUGCGUCACAACCCUUUCAGUGAGCAGUCAUUCAUAAUACCAGGGCCUUGUCCUACCUAGAUGGAACCAUACUUCAUUUCGAUUAAUUAUACCUGCGUCUACCUGCAAUGGCGUGCUAAAUUGUAGUGAACAUAGCUUAUAGGGCAUAUACUUAGUUGUGUGCGUAGAUGUUAAACACGUGCCUCUUACUCAUAUGUGUGGUGUGUGUUUUUUUUUGCAUUGACGUUUUGCCAUUUAAGGUGUGGCGUGUCUGUUCUGAAGAAACGAAAACGAAAACGACAUCCCAUUUAAAUAGCAGCUGUCUGGGUCGGGCUGUGUGAGUCGCAGUCGCAGACACCGCUGAGCCAGAUACUUUCGGCUGAGGAGGCUCGGUUCUGUGAUGCUAGAGCUAAAUGGGCUCGCUUUCCUUGUAAAGCUCCAAUUGUGCGCAAGUGUUCAUGUCAAGUGGAUAGUUUAGAAAUCAUCUGUACUGCCGACCAGAACUUCAGCAACCAUGGAAAUAACUGGUGCAGAUACUGGCCAAAAUCAAAGCGCUAGUGGAGGGAAAGGAGAAACAAGUUGUGAACAAACCCCACAAAGAUCCAGGAGUACCAGUGCUAAUAGGCAGGAGAUGGAUGGAGGAAGUGCAGGCCCAGAAAAAGGGGGUGAAGGAGGUGUGAGGAAAGGAGGAAAGGAGGAGACAUAUGGAGUUGAAGGGUGGCGACGAAGAGGAGCAGAGGGAGCAGCAGCAGCAGGCAGAGGAGGAGCAGGAAGGGGAGGAAGAGGAGGAAGAAGGGCCGCAAACAGAGGAAGAGGAGGUGGAAGAGGAGGAGAUGGUGCAGCAAGAGGGAGAGGAGAGGGAGCAGCAGCAGCAUACAGAGGAGGAGGAAGAAGAGGAGAGGGUGCAGCAGGCAGAGGAAUAGUCCGGGGUGGAUGGAGAGGAAUUUGGCUUGAGAACAGAGAUGAAGGUUGGAAUUGUGUGCCACAGGGUCGUGGCCUGGGCUACAACACACUGAGAGAACUCUCUGGAAAAGAUCCGUCUGUCGUGGCCAUCACCCUGUCUGCGCACCCCGCCCUGAAAGAGGUCGUGUGUGUGACAGAAAUGAGGCAGGACCAUAUCGAAGUCCUCUGCCUGGUGCUGAGUAAUGCCUUCAACUCUCAGGCAGACCGCUGCACCCUACAGCACUUGGCUGGCAUCAUAAAAGAUUCCGGGUUCUUCCGCACCAUCCUGCCCCACUAUCUGGGCGGCAUGGCGUCCGAGUCCAAAGCCGUCCGCAUGGAGAACUACCCUUUGCACCUGAACCACAUCGCGACUAUUCUGUCGAAGGUCCUCGGCAUUUUCCCUGCCAGCACGGCCCAGGCUGCGAGUCUGCUCCUGACACUGCUUAAAGCCUCCAUCAACCACCUGAGGGCAUCCGGGGUGGUCAUCCAGCCUCAAACGGAGGAGAGCGUGGAGAACCUCGAGGGUCUGAUUAAGCACCUCCAGGAGAGAUCCAGGGAGGGCACCCUGCGCUCGGACAAGGACACCUACGCCCUCCUGCCCAUCGCAGGUGAUGAAAUGCAACAAGAUUUCCGGACCAUACCCAUCUACCCAACACCUGAGGAGUUCCAGCAGGAGCAGAGACCCUUCCUCCGAGCCAACCUCACCUCUCAGCGCUACACCAACACCCACCUCUACCUCGACACGCACUUCCGGCUGCUGAGAGAGGACUUUGUGCGGCCACUCCGUGAGGGCAUCCAGCAACUAGUUCGCCAAAUGGACAGGGCCGAUGGGGGUGAUCAUCCUCUGAAGAAGAAGAAGUUUGAUGACAUCAGAGUAUAUUUUGACACGAAACUGGUGGUGCCCAAGUGCACGUCUGCUGGCAUCGCCUACAUCGUCCAGUUUGACAUUCAGCCGCUCAAGUUUGUGUGCUGGCAGAGCUCCAAGAGGCUCAUCUACGGUUCCCUGGUCUGCUUGUCGUGUGAUCAUUUUCAGACCUUGUUGUUUGCCACGGUGUCAGAUCGGGAUCCCAAAACCUUAGAGCAGGGGCUGGUCCAGAUUGCCUUUACUGAAGAGAGCAGAAGCAAGGUGGCCAGAUUUGAGAAUGAUCAAUUGUUCCUGAUGAUUGAGGCCACUGCCUACUUUGAGGCUUAUCGGUAUGUCCUAGAGGGUCUGCAGGAGCAGAAGGAGGACGACCUGCCCUUUCAGAGGUACAUCGUGGAGUGCAACCCAGAUGUGCAACCCCCGGCUUAUCUGCAAAUAAGCGAUGAGUAUGACCUGUCAUCGGUUGCUCACCCUGACCAUGAGCACACCAUGCAGCCCUUUCACAGCAUGGAGGCACAGGCCUGGCCCAGAAAGGAGGAGCUGGGGCUGGAUGAGUCUCAGAUGAGAGCCUUCCAGCUGGCUCUCACAAAGGAGCUGACCAUCAUCCAGGGACCUCCUGGCACGGGAAAAACCUACGUUGGCCUCAAGAUUGCUCAGGCUCUGUUGGCCAAUCAGGAGCUUUGGCGAGAUGGUGUUGACAAGGCUCCAAUGCUGGUAGUGUGUUACACUAACCAUGCCCUGGAUCAGUUCCUUGAGGGUAUUCAUAAGUUUCUACCAGAUGGAAUAGUGAGAGUAGGAAUGCGCAGCAACAGUGAGAUCCUGAAGCCUUUCAAUCUCAGGGAGCUGACCCGCGCACCUGGCUUCAAAUACAAGCUGCCGGCUGACUUGCAUCGCGCGCAUGGUCAGGUUUACAGGCAGCUGUGUGAGGAGGAGAGGGCCAUCCAGACUCAGAGUGUGAAGCUGGAGUGUUCUCUGAAAGGCAUCCUGCGGGAAAUCUUCUUAGAGACCGCCAUCUCACCCGAACACUGGGAGAGUCUGUGCCGGAAACCACCUACCGAGGAUGGUUUUCGGAUCUGGGGUGAGAAGAAGUCCAGUCUGAUCGUGGAGUGGUUGGGUUUGGGUCCCGACGUUUUCCUGCAGAGGGAGACAGAGAAUGCAGGUAGAGAUGACGCGGCGGAGCUGGAGGACGAGGACGACCUCAUUGUGAUCGCAGAGGAAGCGGAUCUGAAUCAGAAAGAGCGGUUCAUUGAAGACGGCGGCGGUCCCAGAGGUGGCAGGGAUGGCAAAAGGAGCGGAGACAUUGAGGAGGCUGUUAGAGCAGCAGAGGAAAUGAUGCUGGCUAUAAACCUGAAUGCAGAUGAAGUGCAGCCCGAGCAGAGCGAGGGAGGGCACUGGCAGAUACAAAAGUCCCAGAAGAAGAAGUUGAAGAACCGAAUCAGAAAAGAGCUCGGGAAGAGCUCGGCUAUGACUGAAACGGAGGAAGCUGCUGUCUGGGAUGUUUGGACCCUCAGCCGGCCAGACCGAUGGAGACUCUAUCGGUUGUGGGUGGCGCGCUACAGAGUAAGACUCCGCACCAUAAUCCAAAGUUCUGAAGAGGCCUAUCAGAACGCAUCGGACAGAUUGGCUGAUAUAAAACGUCACGAGAACCUCUGUCUCCUCAGCAAAGCCACGGUUAUUGGCAUGACAACAACCGGGGCAGCCAAGUUCCGUAGUGUUCUGCAGAAAGUGCGUCCACGCCUGGUGAUUGUGGAAGAAGCCGCGGAGGUUCUGGAGGCUCACAUCAUCACGACGCUGAGCAAAGCGUGCCAGCACCUCAUCCUCAUCGGAGACCACCAGCAGCUGCGCCCCAGUGCCACAGUAUAUGAGCUCGCUAAGAACUUCAACCUGGAGAUAUCCAUGUUUGAGCGGCUGGUGAAAAUGGAACUCCCCUAUGUUAGACUCGACUACCAGCAUCGUAUGAGGCCAGAAAUUGCCUGUCUUCUGACCCCACACAUCUACGCAAAGCUGGAAAACCAUCCGUCUGUGUUGGACUACGACAGCAUCAAGGGCCUUGAAACCAAUUUAUUCUUCGUGGAGCACACCAACCCAGAAGAAGAGAUCAAAGAUGGGAAAAGCCAUCAGAACAAACACGAGGCGAUGUUUGUCGUCGCUCUCUGCCGCUAUCUUAUUCUUCAAGGGUACAAACCACAGCAAAUUACCAUCCUCACAACCUAUACCGGGCAGCUCUACUGCCUGCGCAACCUUAUGCCUGCCAAACUGUUCACAGGGGUCAAAGUGCACGUAGUGGACAAAUACCAGGGGGAAGAGAAUGACAUUGUUUUGUUGUCUCUGGUUCGCAGCAACUUGCAGGGUGUCGUUGGCUUUUUGAACAUUCCCAAUCGCGUCUGUGUAGCCCUGUCUCGUGCCAAGAAAGGCCUCUACUGUAUUGGCAAUGGCGCAAUGCUGGGCAAAGUCAAACUGUGGAGCAACAUCUUCCACACCUUGAGGGAGAAGGACCAGAUUGGAAACGCUCUGACGCUGUGCUGCCAGAAUCAUCCAGAGCGAAAGGUGAAGGCGGCUCAUGCCGAGGAUUUCAAUCAAGCCCCCGAGGGAGGCUGCACAAAGCCCUGCGAGUUCCGUUUGGAUUGCGGCCACGUGUGCGUCCGUGUCUGCCACCCCUACGACCCCGAGCACAAGGAGUACCAGUGUCUCAAGAAGUGCCAGAAGAUUCUAUGCGAUCUGGGACACAAGUGCCAACUUUCGUGCCACGAAAAAUGCGCGGAGAAAUGUUCAGUGAGGGUUGAGAAGAUCAUGCCCAAGUGUCAACACGCACAGAUGGUUCCGUGCCACCAGGAGCCCGAGAAGUUCACAUGCCAGGAGCCCUGCGCGGAGCUGCUCCCCUGUGGACAUCCGUGUGAAUUGGCGUGUGGAGAGCCGUGCACCAGUCUGUGCAAUGUGACGGUCACCGUGGAACUGAAGUGUGGCCACAGUCAACAAGACAAAUGCUAUUUCAAAACCCACGCACAAGAGGAGCCUGAAUGUCGAACCCCUUGCGAGGAGCAGCUCAAAUGUGGCCACGCCUGUCGCGGCAGCUGUGGCCAGUGUUUCGAGGGGCGCUUCCAUUGGCAAUGUCUUUCCACCUGUGAUCGUCUCCUGAUUUGCUCUCACAUGUGCCGCGAGCCCUGCACUCGUCAUUGCCCCCCCUGCGAGAGACCAUGUGAGAAUUGCUGCGUGCACAGCAGGUGCGCGAAGCCAUGCGGACAGCCGUGCGCUCCGUGCGUCGAGCCCUGCUCUUGGCAGUGCCCCCACCGAAGCUGCGGUAAGCUCUGCCACGAGCCGUGCGACCGUCCGCCAUGCAACGAGCCCUGUGCCGAGACCCUCGAAUGCGGCCACCGAUGCAUCGGUCUGUGUGGAGAUAAAUGUCCGAGCAAAUGUCGCGUCUGCAAUCACGAUGAGGUCACCGAGAUUUUCUUUGGCACCGAGGAUGAGCCCGAGGCUUUCUACAUUCAGCUAGAGGACUGCGGACACAUCUUUGAAUACACAGCCAUGGACCAUUACAUGGGGAUGGACGCCAACCAGCAGGCAAGUGGAGAAGAGGAUGUGAUCAUCAAACUGAAGGAAUGUCCCAAGUGUAAAACUCCAAUCCGCAAGAAUCUGCGCUAUGGAUCUCACAUCAACCGCUGUCUGGCUGAGAUUGAGAUGGUAAAGGAAAAGAUAAAUGGAUGUCAGGCGAAUCUUGAAAUGCACAGGAAGACCCUCCAAAAACAGUGGGUGGACAACCGUCUCCUCUUAAAAAUGCAUUGCCGAAAGGACUAUCAGCAAAUCGAUGACAAGCUCCAAACGUCUCGUCUGGUAAAGAGCCUGUUGGUCCUGGAACACCAGAUAGAUUUCCUCAUAAAAGUUGCAAAGCUGAAGAAGAUCCAAAGGGAAGAACUGUCGGAAACUCAAAGCGCGACAGUAGGAGAGCAUGUCGAGGAGUUUGUGCGCUGGCUCAAUAAACCGGGCCAACGAUUCACCGAACAGCAGGUCUUUGAUUUGGAAAGGGAGCUGCAGAGAAUCGCCCUCCUGACUGAGCUCCACGCCCGUUGCCACAUGGCAGACGCGCGAGGACAAAGUGACAAAAUACAAUCCGAGGUACACGCGAUCACAGAGGUUUUGAAAAAGAACGGCCAAUUCACGGAGCACGCUCAAGACUUGGUGAGAGAAGCCAUGAAGGAACUCGACACGAAGUUCCCACCCUCUGGCUUGGGGAUCACCGAGGAGGAGAAAAAGAUGCUCGUCUCCGCUCUGCAAAUGGAGCCUGGACACUGGUACAAAUGUCCCAAUGGCCACGUCUACAUUAUAACCGAGUGCGGAGGGGCGACGGAGAGUCGACGCUGCACCGAUUGUGAAGCGACCAUUGGUGGGGCCAAUCACACGCUGGCUGGGGGCAACCAAGUCGCCUCAGAGAUGGAUGGGGCGCUGCAUGCUGCUUGGUCCGAGGCCAACAACCUUGAAAACUUCAAUCCGAUUGACUUUUAACAAGCCGUCUUAGAGAAGUGUGUUGUUGCCUUCAGAGUCCUGGACUGUUAUGAGUGCUUUCAAAAGGCGAUCAGACACAGUUAAAAGAUUUCUUUUUUUUCAAUGAAGAUAACAUGUUUAUUUACUUCCUGGUUCAGACAUGGUAGGUAGUGUUUUUUUAUAAAACACAGCGUUGCUGCAUUUGUGUAAGUAACAGUUGUCCUGUUGAACAAUAGGUGGCAGUAAAACACUGUUAAAGAACCAACAGAGAAAUAGCAUGAUAUAUCAUUUGUACAGCUUGCUCAAAUGGAAUAAAACAUGUUUUAAUCCA